UCCCCACGGAGCGGGCACGGGGCCCCGGCUCCGCCACCAGAAUGGAGGCUCCUCGAGGGCAGGGCGCAUUUUGUUUUACUUUGUCCCCGGAGGUCAGCAGAAAGGGCCUUGAACAUCCGUUUUCUGGGCUCCAUCUGGGAGCGGCAGCGCCCCUCUGGCCGGGGCAGAGAGGUCGGGAGCCUGGCCGGGCUGGGCCAGUGGAGCCCAGGCGUACUCCAAGCUCCCAGAGGUAAGAGGCUGUUUCCCUUCAGGCACUGCACCGGCACAAAAAGGAGCUGGUGGCCUUUUUGGGUGCAGCGCGGCCGCCAGGCCCCAAGAGGGCACCAGACGCCUUCUCGCAUUCCCGACUUCUUGCCCCGCCCCCGCUCUCCUGCCAAAUCAAGGCAGUUACCAUAGACUCGGAUGGCAGGAAAGACCGAGCAGGCAGGCUCAUACGUCACUUCCUCCCCGCGGCCCAUUAGCGUAAGCUUCUUCCGGUUUCUGCCGUACUCUCGGCCUCCUCAGCUCCGCCGCGUGUCGGCCGCCCCGUGGGCCUAGUUCAGCAGUCCUGUGAGCCGGACAGAGCCCGAGCACUAGCCCGAGGGCAGAGACGGCUUCCGGCCCGAGCCUCGGCCUCCCGCUGGGGGUCCUCGGGGAGCGGCGUGUGUGGGCUCCGCCUCUCCUGUGGGCGGCCGGCUGUGCCCAUUGGACGAGCCAAGAGCGGCUGCAACCAAUCAGAGGCGUCUCCGCUGUCCCGCCCUCCUUGGCCAGCAGCCCUGAGCUGAAUGUGGGGGAGAAGCUGGCUGGCGGAAUCGCACACCUACUGAGGCACCUGUGGCUGACCCCUGAGGCGCGGGGGCUGUGAGCAGACCCCAGCCUGGCCGGCUGCCUCGGGUCCGUGGGAAGGAUGACCGCUGGGCGAGCGCGAUUCUCUUUGGUGUUUCGGGAGUCGGUGACCUUCCGGGACGUGGCCGUGGACUUCACGUGGGAGGAGUGGGGGCAGCUGGGCCCGGCCCAGAAGGAGCUGUACCGGGAGGUGAUGCUGGAGAACUACCGGAACCUGGCGGGCCUGGGCCUUGCCGUGUCCAAGCCGGACGUGAUCUCUCAGCUGGAGCAAGGCGGAGCCCCGUGGUGGCCGGAGCGCGGCGUCCCAGGAAGCAGCUGCGCGGAUUGGAAAACUAGGCCUGAAGUCGAAAAGUUAUCUCCAAAGCUGGACAUUUCUAUAAGAGAAACAUCCAAUGAGAUGCUUAAACCGAGUAGUCCCUGUGUUUCUAAGUUGAGAGAUUCCUGGAAAUAUGAUUCUAGAUUAGAGAGACAACUGAAUGAAGAGGAGAGACAUUCUGAACAAGUAAAAUGCAUCCAAAGGAAAACUCCCAAUCAAGAAAAAAUUGUAUAUAAUGAAUAUGGGAGAAGCUUCAAUCUAGAGCCAAUCCUUUUUCCACAACAGAGAGAAAUGAUUGAAAAAAGUCUCUAUGAGUAUGACAUGCAGAAAAGCUUCAGACUGUAUUCAGAAAUAAGAAAACAUAAUAUUUGCUCAAAGAAGAUAUUUUCUUUAUAUAGUAAAUGUGGGAAAUCCUUCAGUUAUAAUUUAGAACUUAUCAAGAAACAUGGAAUACAUAUUGGAGAGAAAACUUAUGAAUGUAAUGAAUGUGGCAAAACUUUCCGUCAGAGCACAGGACUUACUCAACAUCAUAGAAUUCAUACAGGAGAAAAACCUUAUAAAUGUAAUGAAUGUGGAAAGGCUUUCCGUCAGAGCUCAGGCCUUAUUCAACAUCAUAGAAUUCAUACGGGAGAAAAACCUUAUAAAUGCAGUGAAUGUGGAAAGGCUUUCUGCCAAAACUCAGGCCUUACUCAACAUCAGAAAAUUCAUACUGGAGAGAAACCUUAUGAAUGUAAUGAAUGUGGAAAGACUUUCCUACGGAAUACUGAACUAACUGAACACCAGAUAACUCAUACUGGAGAAAAACCUUAUGAAUGCCAUGAAUGUGGGAAAGCCUUUUGUCAGAGGGCAGAACUUAGUCGACAUCAUAAAAUUCAUACUGGAGAAAAGCCUUAUAAAUGCAAUGAAUGUGGGAAGGCCUUCCGCCAGAUUACACAUCUUACUCAACAUCACAAAAUCCAUACUGGAGAGAAACCAUAUGAAUGCAAUCAAUGUGGGAAGACCUUUCGCUACAGCUCACACCUUACUCGACAUCAUCGAACUCAUACAGGGGAGAAACCAUAUGAAUGUUGUGAAUGUGGGAAAGCUUUCCGCAGGAGUUCUCAUUUUAUUCGACAUCAGAUAAUUCAUACUGGGGAGAAACCUUAUAAAUGUAGUGACUGUGGGAAGGCCUUUCGCUGGAACACAGGACUUAGCCGACAUCAGAGAACUCAUAACGAAGAGAAGCCUUAUUAAUGUAAAGGAUUUGACAAAGGUUCCUGUAGUUCAUACUGGAGGGAAGUCUUAUGAAUGUAGUCAGUAUGGAAAUGCCUUUUCUUAUACAGAACUUAUUUAAUAUCAGAUAAUUGAUAGCGGGAAGCCUUUUUCCCAGCAAAUAAAAUUUAGUAAAUAUCAGGUAAUUAGUCCUCAAGAAAACAUUUAUAAUGCUAGAUGAAAGAUUUUUUCCAAAGAGAAUAUCUUAAAACAAAUCAUAGAUGUGGAGUUAAAAGGGAUCUCAGUGACUAUCUAGCCCAACUCCUUCUUUACCAAUAAGGAUCACCUAGGGAGAUGAUCUGCCCAAAGUCACACAGGCAAUUCUCUCUUAAGAAUUGGAGGGAAACCCCUACAAAUACAUAACAGCUCUAGAGAAUUAUAGAGCUUGAGGAAAGAUGGUAGAGGAAGUUGAGGAGGGUAAGGUAGGAAGGUGGUACCUACAGUGCUUCAGAAUCUGAGAUAGAGGUUACCAAGCAACUUGAACCUUCAAAAUACCUCCCCUUCCUCCUGCCUGCACAGUUCUGGGGGAUGUAGUGUCUCCUCCGUAUCACUUGGCUCAACCCUGUCUCUAGGAACAAAGGAGGAUCCAUGUUUUUCUGACAUAUCUUUGAGGUUCCUCUCUCCUGGGUCUGGCUGCAACCUCACUCAAAGAUCACAGAAUCAGAUCUAGAUUCAGAAAACAACUUAGAAGUUGUUGGGAGGAUCAAAUGAAACUAGGCUGGAAUAGAGAAAUCUUACAGAGGGAAAUAAUAACUUAUCUAGAGGGUGGUAUUAGGAGCAGUCAAGAAAGUUUUAAAAGAACAUUUGGACUUGACAUAAAGAAAAACUUGAUAGCAAAUAGGUUGGCAAGCUCUUGGUAGACAGGGUUGCCUUGAAUGGUGGGAGUAGCAUACCCCUUACUGGAUAGAUACUAUCAAGUAUAAUUUAAACAAAAAUUUUGGUGAUAUGUUUGGGAGUUACUGUUUGUCUAGAAACCAGAUUGCUUCUGUGGUCCUUUUCAGUGCUGAUUCUCAUUCUGUGAUUCUCAUUUUAAGAAUUCAUAGAGAAAAGCAUUAAGAAUGUAGUGAAUGUAAUUUUUAUUGUGGGCUCUCAAAUUACUCUUUUAGGAGAUCCUUCAGAUCUUCAGUUCCACUACUAAUGAACACCUGUUUCUUCA